AAUUAUUCAUAUUUUUUAUUUCCAUUUCAGGAAUUAAAAGAUAUUUCAACUUUAGUACGAAAACAUUGGCGUUGCGGUUAUGUGGAGUGUUCAGCACAAUACAAUUAUAAAAUUGGUGAUGUUUUUCGCGAAUUAAUGGGUUGUACCAGUAGUGGCGGUGUCAUUGGCACUGAAUUUUCACAAUCAAAUAGAAAUAAAGGACGUUGUACAAUACUUUAGCAAUUUCUGCAUAAGUUUUUUUAAGUGCAUCAAAAGUAUUUUAACAAAUUUUAAAGAAAAAAUCAAUAAUUUAAGUAAAACAAAAAGUAAUAGCAUAACAAAAAAAAUCCCAAACAAUUAGCAGCAAAUAUUAAAAAUUAUGAAUUAAAAUUAUAAAAUUUGCAAGCAACACUUAAAUGUCAGAUGUUUUAUAAAAAUUUAAGCAAAAGCAAAACAUAGUUUAGAAUUGAAUUACAGAUUGUAUUAGGAAAGAAAAAAACAACAAGUAUUUUUAAGCCGAUUUGAAACUGGAUUGGAAAUGUUGUUAAAUAAAAUUAGUUACAAAUACAUACUUGAUAAUAUUAUUAAAUAUAGAUAAUAAUGUUAAUAAAUAAACAAUAAUUACUUUAGAUAAAACAAGCACAAAUUUAUGUGUAAAUGAAUGAUUAGUAAUAAAAAAAAUAUUUAUAUAUUAAUAAAUUUAAAAACAAAUUAUACACUUGAAUGGAAAUACAAAGAGAUUCAUUUAAUUUAAUACAUGUUUUGUAAAUAUUUAAUGGUUUAAAUAAAAUUGUAUUCAUAAUACAAGUACGUGUCAUUAUAAUAACAAAACGAAUAUUAAAAUAGUUUUUUUGUUGUUCCAAAUUUAUUUAUUGGUUUUAUAUGUUGAGCAAUUAAAAUGGCCAAAAUAUAUGUUACUGUACAAACCACAAAUCUCGCUACUAAUUGGCAUACAAAACUACUCAACUAAAUAACAUUAUAUUCAAAUUUGUACAAACCACAAAUCUCGCUACUAAUUGGCAUACAAAACUACUCAACUAAAUAACAUUAUAUUCAAAUUUAAAUUUGUUUUGAGAGAAGUUCACAGUUUAAUAAAAUGAUUUAGUUUUCAACACCGGCAUAGGCUAUGUCUAGUCUAUGUCUAG